CAAGCUGCCAAUUACUUUCCUCUGUCUGCAAAGAGGAAAAAGGAAGAAGAGAUAUGACGGAAUACGAUGAUCGCAGCUGUGCGUCAAAUAUGUAUUUACCGAGCUGCACUUAUUACGUUUCGACGCCCGAUUUUACAUCAGUCUCCUCCUUUUUACCGCAGACUACUUCGUGUCAGAUUAAUUUCCCCUAUUCUCCCAACAUAGCCCAAGUCCAACCUGUUCGAGAAGUCGCUUUCAGGGAUUAUGGACUGGACCAUCCCAGCAAAUGGCACUACAGGGGCAAUUACGCGUCUUACUACUCAACGGACGAGAUAAUGCACCGGGACUUGAUCCAGUCCUCCAGCAGCAGGGCGGAUGUGAUAUUCAAAAAUGAGUCCUUGUACGGCCACCACGGGGGGACGAGCUCGCCGUGCAAUUUCUUCACCGGCGUCGGCCGAAAUGGGGUUCUCCCCCAGGGCUUCGACCAGUUUCUGGACACUCCUAACUCGGACAAGCCCAACGCGGAGCUCCCCAAACAAAAGACAGACUCUGCUGCUCCCGGAGAUGAUGCGGACAACAAUCAGGCUUUAACCAAACUGGAGCAGCACAAAGCUGACCCGAGCGGGAGCGUCGACGAGGACUCAUCCUCCAACUGCGGCGACAAGAACAACCAACAGAGUUCAUCAACCAAGUCCAGGAAGAAGAGGUGUCCUUACACCAAAUACCAGAUCCGAGAACUUGAACGAGAGUUUUUCUUCAACGUGUACAUUAACAAAGAGAAGCGGCUUCAGCUGUCCAGGAUGUUAAACCUGUCUGAUCGGCAGGUGAAGAUUUGGUUUCAGAAUAGAAGAAUGAAAGAGAAAAAGCUGAACCGCGACCGUCUACAGUAUUUCACUGGGAAUCCUUUAUUCUGAUACCUGACAUAGUGGUGUACACACACACACACACACACACCAUAGUAAAAUAGGAGCUAUACACACACACGUUUUAAAGACUGUUCCCUCUGCAUAUUUGAACCCUGAUCGUCCAGUUUAAACAGUUUAUUUUACAAAUAUCCAGCAUUUGGAAACCCAAGAUACCAUAUUUUUGCAAAAAAAAAUCUGCAUUUAUUUAUUUGUGUUCACAUAUUUUCGCUUUAUUGGCAACCAAUAUUUCAGCAAAGCGCGACCUGUACUUUGUAAUUAUUUAUAUAAAAAUAUAUGUAGGCUUCUUCCUUGUGUAAUACCCAUUUAUAAGACGCAUGUAUAAUGCACGUUGUGGUGUGAAAUAAAGUAGACACGACAAAUGUUAUAUCAUAGUCACGAAACUUGUCACAUGAACUUAACCAAGUCCUACAAAAAUAACACAAGAAAAGGGAGAAUCUUUCUUAGGAUUCAUCAAUGGAGAAAUUUGGCGCUUUCAGGCCUGUAUAGUCCCUUUAUUUCCUUUGCUUUCAAACACUGGGUUGUUUACUAAACCUUGAACCGUCUAGACAGUAUAAUAAACGUAGCUGUAAAUGUCUAAAUAGGGGGCUAUUGGACUUUGGUGUCCCAACCCCCAGACCACAAGAGGACUGAUUCUUUUUCCUGCCUCAAAGUAGUUUCACUCCAGGCUACAAAUGUUUAGAGAAUUCAAGAGAUUGGGCAUCCCGUCCAGCUCCUUUUGACAUCCUAAUGUUACCAGUGUUAGCUGCAAUAGAGGAUAUUCUAUAACAAGGACCGCCUUAUGGACAAAUAGGUAAUUUUUUUUUCAAGUUUAUCUGCUUUUCCAAUGUUCUAGAUAAGCUAAAUGUGGCUUUGACGCCUCUCAAUCUGCUGCAAAUAAGAGAGAUUUCCAAUUGUUGGCGCAAAAAAAAGCUCGUUUCCAUCUUUGAAUUAAUGCAGGUGAAAGGUUUUGUGCAGUUCCACUUUACAGUAACUCUACAAGUGAACUCAUGCCAUGCUUUACCUCAGUGGUGUUUUAUCUCUGUGCUACUUCUGUAACCAGUAAAAGGACGGAGUAAAUAAAUGCAUUUAUUCCACACAAAGAGUCGCUUUAUUGAUAAUCCAUGUGAUGGCUGUAUUAUUUUCACUUUACGUCAAUACAGCAUCAAUUAUACCCAUUGUUUCAGCGUCCUUUAUGAAAAAAAGAAAGAAAAAGGUUUGGAGAGGGAUUAAUGUUCAUUUCGUCUGUGAUGCAUCACAUCUACAGUUAUUUCCCAAAAAGGCUAUUAGAAAACUGAGGUUUCAUUAAGCGUUUAAUUGGGUUGUCAUCAUGUCCUACAGUGAAAUUACAUUACCAACUGUGUAGGGUAGUUCACUUUGCUUCUCGGUGUAUCCACAUGAGGGCAGACUUGCAGCUUUUGGCCGCCAGUGGAAAUGCAGAGUUCAGCCAAAAUUAACGUCUACCCUGCAUGAUAAUCAUUAAAUGGAGGUAUAAUCCGUUCAACACAGGCUCCAUAUAGGUUCUUGUUUUAAUUACAAUGGCAUCCUGUAGCACGUUUAGUGUGAAUGUAAAUUUUUUUUAAAAAAUUCUUUAUAAAAAAUAAUUGUCCAAAAACACUUAUUUGUAUAUUAAACCAUUCAACACACAGGCUACAGUUUAUUUGAAGUAAAUAAGAAAACAACGAUUCUUAACACACAUUAUUUCUUUCACUCACUGCUCAGUGUAGCAGAUGCAAAUCCCGAAUCUUCCAGACGGCAAUUACAUUCACAAGUCAUGUUCAAGUGUUCUGAAAGGACGAGUCAAGCUAAAAUAAAUAAUUCCACUCCGUCUCUUUGUCGCCUGAGCCUUUAAAAUCUUCACCUGGAGGCCACUGAGACACAAACGUGCUUUACAUUUCCUUUCAUUUCAUUUCACUUUGCAGCUGUAUGACUAUUAGAAUAUCUUUUAUCUGCGUCUGGCUGCAUCUGUUUUAAAAAAAACAUAUAAUAGUGAUAGUCAGACAAAACAUCACAGAGGUAUUAGUUUCAAAUACUUUUUAACUUUAUCCUUAUAGGUUGUAUUUUUAUAUGCUGUACUCUUGUGUUUUAAAUAUCUGUGGAUCUCCUGGUAUUUGCUUUAAAUUAUUAUUAUUAUUUUUACUAUUAUUAUUAUUAUUAUUAUUAUUACAACAUAACCUAAGGUCCAAUUAAUUUCCCCACUUUUGAGGUACUUGUGUAUAUUUUGUGCGUGUGAAUUGUUGAUUACCGGAAGAGUAGCCUAUACUCUCAUAUCAAAGAUUUCUUUUCCCAGUUCAGUGCGUCACCGGUUAUAUAAAUAGCUCAGUAUUAUCUUUGAGCAAUUGUCAUUAUUAGAAAGAUGACUUUUGAAACCGAAAUGAAGUCCGUGUUGUCAGAUGUCUCAGUUAAAUGUUUUUUUUUUUCUUCCUUUAAAAAUAACCGGAUGGUGUAACGAGGAAUGUAUUUUUUACACAUAUUCCGUAAUCACAUUUAGGUUAACGAGCUUGUAUUUUGUUGUUUGUGAAUCCUGUGAUGUUGAGAUGUUUUGCAUACUACAAAUGCUUAUUUACAACCAACUGUAAAUAUCCAAGAGCAUUGAAGACAGGGGGAGACGAUGUCUACACAUCCUCUCAACAAAGUUGUAUAAUUAUUUAAAGCUUGGUGCAUAAAUACCAAAGAUAUAAUUAUUUCAAGCUGCAAUUAUUGUAUUUUGUUCAUUUGUUUGUUUAUUUGUAAAAGACCUGUAGGAUCAUUGCAGUUAUUGUGGCCUGAUUUCUGAUUUUCGGUCGAUGGAUAUUUUCAGUUUACAAAGUGCUUUUAUUUUUUUACCCCUCAGUUUAAGGCUGUUAAUCUUGCACACAUUUGCCUUCCUUGCAGACAAAAACAAUGGAGCCCUGAACAAAAUAGUCCCCAGACUAUGUACAACCGCCACGUCCCGCAGGUUUUUAUUUUCAACUUUUGCAUUUACUUGUGACAAAAUGCAAAUGCAGAUAUUGUGCUUAAUAAUAUGU